AUUGUUUCUUUAGAAUGAGUAAGGAUAGAAAGGAAAACGAGAGAGCAUUUUUUGAGAAUGGAAGCAUGGUACUGGAAAAGCUAAUUGCCUUCUGUAAUGGCAAGUCCAUUCCCAUUCGUAGCUUCUCUGAUGAAGAGCUCAAGCAGGCAACCAACAACUAUGAUGCUCGUCUUGUUAUAGUCCAAGAUGAGUUGUACUGGAAAUGGUACAAGGGUUCUCUUGACGGCCGACUCGUUUCCAUCAGGAAAUUUGAAGGCGGUGUACACAUUACAGAAGGCCGGGACUUGUCCAACUACGUCAUCAAUGAUCUAGUGAUUUCUGCAAAGAUGAGCGCUCACAAAAAUGUACUAAAGCUUAUAGGAUGCUGCCUCAAGACUCGACCUCCCAUUUUAGUGCAUGAAUUUGCUGCAAAUGGUAGCCUUGCCAAUCGAAUCCAGGGCACUCGUGGCAGUCAACAACAUCAGCCGUUAACAUGGGCAAGCAGGUUAAAGAUUGCAAGGGAGAUUGCUCAUGCAAUUUCAUAUCUCCAUACUGCAUUCUCUAGACCCAUCAUCCACAGGGAUAUAAAUAUGCAAAAUAUCUUCUUAGACCAACAUGAUGUUGCCAAAUUAUCCAACUUCGAGUUUUCUAUAUUAGUCCCCAAAGGUGAGACUCACGUUCAAGUUGAUUUCUUGUCUUGGUGUGUAAGAUACAUGUCUCCUGAGUAUUUUGCUACGGGUAAGGUAACGGAGAAAGCUGAUGUUUAUAGCUUUGGGGUACUUCUUUUAGAACUUGUAACAGGUAAGAAAUCAAAUAAUUUUACCCAAUUGAAUAAUGGUGAACGUGUGGACUUCUCAAAACCAAAAAAAGAGUGUGCUGGAUUAGUAGUAUGUAUGCAAAAUGGUGCUCAAGGUCGUUGCAUUGUGGAUCCUACAAUCUUGGCAGGAGAAGGGAGAGCUAGUACUACAGAGCAACAAUUGCAAGCAGUGGUAGACCUUGCCUUCGCAUGUAGAAAAAGAGACUCGGAGAUAAGACCAACUAUGGUAGAUGUUACCAAAGAACUCAUGCGGAUUGAGAGGCUUGUCCUAUAAUCAUUUUUUUUAAUCAUCACUUUUCAGUUAGUCGCAUGCCAUACUUGGCUCUGUAUGGCUUUAUCUCUAUAGCUUUAUCUAUAUAAAUUUAUCUUAUUACUUUUGAUGUUAUUUUUGGAGAAGCCAUAAGGAAAACAGGUUGUUGGUAAGGGUCCAGAUCAGUACAAUUAAUACCUAGAUCU